AUGGCUUUCAGGGCACCGUUGAGCACCCUUUCGAGGGCGACUCGGCUUGUCAACGCCCAAAGGUCAUGGAAAUGUUCAAAUUGCAGGCAUGGAUUGUCCGUUCCUGCCCGACGCGGUUUCGCAACGACUCCGGGGAAAUUCAAGAAGCCGUACUAUGUGACCACCCCGAUUUUCUACGUCAAUGCCGCUCCUCAUGUCGGCCACUUAUACACGAUGGUCAUCGCCGACAUCUUGAAACGAUGGCAGGUCCUACUCGGAAACAAGGACGCUCAGCUGUUGACCGGAACCGACGAGCACGGAAUGAAGAUUCAGCAAGCUGCCCUCGAGGCUGGAAUGGAUACCCAGGCCUUUUGCGACAUGAACUGCCGAACCUUCGAGGCACCCAAGGCUGCAAACAUCAGCAAUGAUCACUUUAUCCGAACAACAGAUCCGGCGCAUCGAGAGGCCGUCCAAUAUUUCUGGGAAAUGCUGAACCACCGAGGCUAUAUCUACACUUCGAAGCACGAGGGGUGGUAUUCAGUUAGCGACGAGACCUUCUACCCGCAAUCCGGGGUGCAAAACUCCCUUGAUCCAUCGACCGGCAGGAAACGAAUGGUAUCGAUUGAAACGGGUAAAGAGGUUGAGUGGUCUUCAGAGACCAAUUACCAUUUCCGCCUGUCCGCAUUCAAGGAUCGCCUUCUGGAGCUAUACAGUCGUCCGAACUCCUUUAUUACGCCUUCGAAGUACGCGACAAACGUCAUCAAGUCGGUUGAAUCCGGCUUGCAAGAUCUGUCCAUCUCUAGACCUGCCGAACGUUUGACAUGGGGCAUUCCGGUCCCCGGCGAUGACACGCAGACCAUCUACGUCUGGCUGGAUGCGCUCGUCAAUUAUCUGACCAGAGCAGGAUAUCCUUUCCCUCCGGGGCAAGGGGACGCAUCAAUGUGGCCUGCAGAUGUUCAGGUAGUCGGAAAGGAUAUUGUUCGUUUCCACUGCGUCUAUUGGCCGGCCUUCCUGAUGGCUCUAGACCUUCCUGUCCCUCGGAAUGUGCUUGUGCACGGGCACUGGACCAUGAACCGCGAGAAGAUGUCCAAGUCGACGGGGAACGUGGUGAAUCCGUUUUUCGCCAUUGACCGGUUCGGUGUUGACGGCAUGCGCUUCUUCUUGGCUUACCAGGGUGGUCUCGCGGAUGACGCAGACUAUGACAAUGCCUUUAUUAUCCGCGAUUACAAGAAAUGGCUCCAGGGAGGCAUUGGAAACCUCGCUCAUCGCACAAUUGGGUGUGCCAAGGGCCAGUUGGGGUCAUAUAUCCAGGAUGCCACCUCUGAUAAGCUCGGAGCCACAACGGCAGCCGAUAGAGAGCACCAGGCCUUGCUGGUCCUAGCACCGAUGAAGGUCGCCGACCAUAUGACCGGACUCAAUCCGCGGGCCGCUUUGCAGGAAAUCAUGAGCAUAAUCGAGAAAACCAACAAAUACUUCCAUGCGGCGGAGCCGUGGAAAACCCCCAAUCCGGAAUGGGUCUUGUUUAACGUGGCUGAAUCAUUGCGCAUUGCCGCCAUCUUGCUCCAGCCGUUCAUGCCCGGCAAGUCACAAGAGCUUCUGGAACUUCUUCGCGUAGAUACAUCCGAUCCGACCAAGCGGGCAUUCUCGGCCGCGGUCUACGGCUCAGAUAUGGACUACGGGCAGGGCGUCAGGAAAGGAAUGCUUUUCCCUCCUCUGCUCACGGAGGAAUAA